GGGGCGGGAGCGCGAGCGCGGCGGGGCCGGGCGGCGGCGGCGGCACCGGGGGAGCGGCACCGGGAGCGAGCGCAGCGCGGCUCGGGCUCGGCGGAGCGUGAGCGAGCAUGGAGAUGGAGAGGCGCUUGACGCUGGAGCUGCGCAACAAGAAGCCGAGCGAGGUGAAGGAGCUGGUUCUGGAUAACUGCCGCUCAGAGGAUGGCAAGGUGGUCGGUCUCUCCUCAGACUUUGAGAACCUGGAGUUCCUCAGCAUGAUCAACAUCAACCUGCUGUCCGUGUCCAACCUCCCCAAGCUCAACAAGCUGCGGAAGCUGGAGCUGAGUGAUAAUAGGAUUUCUGGUGGCCUUGAAGUUCUAGCAGAGAAAACUCCCAACCUGACACACUUGAACCUAAGUGGCAACAAGAUCAAAGACAUCAAUACCCUGGAGCCCUUGAAAAAGUUGCCAAACCUCCACAGUCUGGAUCUGUUCAACUGUGAGGUGACGAUGCUCAUCAACUACCGGGAGAGCGUGUUCGCCCUGCUGCCCCAGCUCACCUACCUGGAUGGCUUCGAUGCAGACGAGCAGGAGGCCCCUGACUCUGACCCUGAGGCAGAUGGGGAUGCACUGGAAGAUGAUUAUGAGAAUGGGGAAGGUGAGGAAGAGGAGGAUGAUGAGGAGGAAGAUGAUUUGGAUGAAGAAGUCAUUGAUGAUGAAGAAGAUGAAGAUGAUGAUCUGGAAGGAGAAGAGGAGGAGGAUGGAGUAGAUGAUGAGGAGGAAGAUGAGGAGGAAGAUGGUGAGGAGGACGAAGAAGAUGAAGCUGAGGAGGACCAUCCGUGUGGGCAGAAGAGAAAACGAAGUCCAGAGGAUGAAGGAGAGGAAGAUGCAGAGGAUGAAGAGGAUGAUGAGGAUGACUGAUCCCAGCGAGCCAAUCAGUUUUACAGACUCUGACUGUGCUUGUCUUAACCUCCCCAUUGUGUCUGUGUGAGACUGUAAAUCCCUGUCUCCCACUCCUCCUCCCCCUUUGUAUGGCUGCAGCGUCCACAAUAUAUUUUUUUAAGAUUUAGAAUACUGUAGGCAUUCAGGGGAAUCUUCCAUACAAGGCUCACUUUUUUCUCACAAGUAUCUCAUGACCAAAGGCUUUUCUCCGUUCGGUGGUUUGUGCAGCAGCUUGCAAAAAAAAAAAAAAAAAAACAGAAAAAAAAACCAAAAAAAAAAAGGAGAAAAAAAUCAAAAAAAGAGAAAAAAUCUCCUCCUUAGGGUAUCUGUGUGUCUGAAAUCAGCUGUGCCACACUGGACCCAGAGCUCCAGCUCACACCCUGCCAGCACAGAAGGCCUUUGUCACCCUCGUGCCCUCAGCCCAGGGCUGAAGAUGCUUUUUGAGCCACCUCGGGUGCAAACUCUGGUUCAUCUCCGUGGACUCAGAACGAUCCCUGAGGGUGUCUCAGAUCUGAAAUCAUGGUGAUGUGAUCUCUGGACAUGCUUGAAGAUGCUUUAGUGCUGGGGAUGGGGUGCUGGGGUUUUGGGGGAGGGAGGGAGGGAGGGAGGGAGGGGCUGCUUGCAUGACCUGGUACCUCUGCGAUGCACCUUGCAGUAGCCCUGCACUUGCUUUCCUGUUUGUUUUAUAAACUGGAACGUUGUUCCCAUUGGCCACCUCAGCCUCAGGUGAGGGGGGUUUUGUGGCUCCCUGUGCCCUGCAGCAGCUUUGGGAAGGGAUAGGGAAUGCAGGUGAGGGGAUACUGCUCCUCCAUCCGCCUCCAUUUCACACUGAACAGCCUGUGCAGCCACGAUCACUGUGAUGCUCCUGCAGCCCGUGUUAGCCUGUCAAUUCUCAGGGUCCUUCUGCCAGCCAGUGCCACCUCUGCACAGCCCCCGUGCCAGCCUGGCCUGGGCAUCCUCCUCCUCCUCCUGGAACACAACUCCAGCUCCUCCUCGUGUCCCUGCUCUGGGGGUGCCACUGAGGAGGCUGGAGGGAGGAUUUGGGGAGCCCCAGCCCCGUUCCCACCUUCCCCCCAUCCCAGAGGUGUCCGGGCAGCGCAUCCCCGGGGAGGGAGGGCAGGUGGGGUGGGACAGCCCGGGGGUGCAGACAAGCACUGGCACUUUGUGGCAUUCCCUCUUCGUGCCCGGGUGGCUCCGUGGGCCCCCGGGGCCGAGGCUCCAGCCCUGCCCUCCCCGGGGGGGUUUGGGGAGUGUUUAGCAGCACAUCCCCGUUCCUGUCGCUUCGUUCUCGCUGGUGUCUCUUGCAUUGUACAGUCGCUGUGACCAUUCGGAGAUGAACUAAUCCUGUAAAAUGCAAACUGAGUAACUUAUAAAUGUUUAAGGAAUUUUAAAAAAAGAAAAAAAAAAAAAGUCAGAGCAGCAGUUCUAAUUUUUUUCCCUGCAUUUUUAGCAGAUUGUAUGGAUUUUAUAUUAGCCUAGUAACUGUCAGGUUUUGAUUGGUCAGACUAGUCCCAGAAAUAAGGAUCUCCAGCCCUUUUGUAUCUUUUGUUACAAAAUUUGGAUAAAACUUUAAUAAAGACUUCAGUUUUUAAAAAUC